AUGGGAAGGCUUUCGGCAUUUUUUUCCCGGAAAAAGUUGACGCCCGCGAAGACUCGCCUGCUGGUGGAUCAGCUGAAAACGUCCUGCGGUAUAUUUUUGGACCCCACCAUUCGCUCGCCCAACAUCCAGGGAACGAAGGCUUUAAAGAUCUUGCGUAAAAUCAUCACCAGAUCCCAGCGUGACAUCAUCCAGUACAUCCCGGAGCGGGACGCCAUCUUGGAGUGCUCGCUCGUGCUGGUACAAAAUUACGUGGCCCACUUGCGGCUUCGACCUAGCCCGUUGAAGCGCUUCCGCAAGGAGGCAUUCGGGGACGCGAAAGUGCUCUUCCAAACGGCCGUUGAUCUGCUGAUACCGGAGCUCCAGGAUGAGGUCAUCGACACCAUCCUUAAGUUUCUGCAGACGGAGAACCUCUGGAAGGUGGAGUUCAUCUGCGUGGAGAUCCUGCUGUUCGUGCUGGAGUGUCGCUCACCAUCCGCACUGCUGCUAUCGAAGCUGAUCGAUCGUAUCGAGCGCUCGCUCACGGUACCGGACGUUGCGCAGGUACGCCACGUGCUGUCGGUGCUGCAAAACGUGAUCGCUUCGCAACGUUGGGACGACAUAGAGUACUCCGAGCUGUCGAAACUGUUGCGGUUCUACCAUAGCAGCGUGAUGAUUGGAACUAGCCGCAAUCAGAUCUACGAAUUACGACGUGGGUUCGAAAAGUGUCUGAAAACGUUGAUCCCACUGCUGUCGGUGGCUGAUGUGUACUGGUUCUUUGCCGUCAUGCUACCACUCGCUUUCGACACGGAGAUGUCCGACGAGGCACGGAUCGAGUUUGGGUCUACCGUGGAGUACACCGCUUCGAAGAUGGUGAUCUGUGAUCAGCGCAGCUCACAGCACACGGCCGAGAUGUGCUCGUUCGUGAUGCAGUACCUGUUGCAGUACGUCACCUCCGACGAAGCCACACGGUGCAUUCUCGCUUGCAAGGUGCUGACGAAGUUGCUCGAUCGAGGUGAGCAUGGCCCGGACCAGUUCCAGACGCCCAUCAUAUUCCACAUGGACACGUACUACGACAUCGUGCUGGCUACGGACUUUUUGCCGCUUCAUCAGCUGCUCGUGGUGCAUCGUGUAAAUCUGGAGCAGGCGCUGUUGAAGGCGAUCGAGCGGCACAGCAAGCGCAAGAUGAACCUGGAGGUGUUCUAUCAGCUCCUGUGCACGAUGCUCGUCGAAGCACCGAGUGGGUUUACUGCGGCCGUCGUAAGCUGCCUGCUGCUGAAGGUGCAGAAGUUGUUCCUCGACGAUCCUGCCGAUAUGCAAUCGGUCGUGGUGGAACAAAACAAGCGGCAGCACGCUAAUCGCAUUCACGGCACCAUCAUGGCGGUGAUGACGCUGAUCAACUGGAUCCAUCGUACGGGCUCGAUGAACGCGUACGUCACGCGUAUCCUGAACGAUCGGUUCGAUCACGCACCGAGCCUUAAUCCGCCACUGCGCGAGCAUUACCGGUACGCGCCACAUCACAUCUCGUGGUACGAGCGGUGGCUGUUUUUCGACACGCUCGAGAUCCGGUACGGGCUGUGGAAGUGCUUCCGAAUCGCGGAGGAGAAAAUUCCCAAACCGGUCCGGAUGAGCACCAUCAUGAACCGCGAUCGCAGGCGACGGCUCAAUGGCAUUUCCCUGCACAUCUUGGCUGGAAUGUGA